AUGAAAGUUGUCAGUCUCCAACUGCCGUCGGGGCCGAGCAUGGAGCGGCUACCGCUACCAUUCAGCCCAACGGAGUUACUAUGGCGAUACCCUCUACCGUGGGCCCCUCCACCGCCCUCACCGCUCGGUGAUGCCAAGGCCCAAUUGCCAGCUGGUCUUCCUCCAGAACCAAGAUUAUGGACUAGGGAAGACGUUGCUGUUUUCCUGAAAUGGUGCGAAAGGGAAUUCGAUUUGCCGAAUUUCGAUAUGGAUCUCUUCCAAAUGAACGGUAAGGCUUUGUGCCUUUUGACGAAAACUGACUUGGGUGAGCGUUGUCCUGGUGCUGGUGAUGUACUACAUAAUGUCCUGCAAAUGCUAGUAAGAGAUGCAGCAUUGCUUGGCAGAGUACCAUCGUCUCCAGUGACACCCACAGCUCGUGCAGCGCCUUAUCCACCAUCCCCACAUUCUCACCCCCCUACUCCAACUUGGGCUGUCGACAGCUUUCACCAUUUCCAUAGCGCUGCGGCAGCGGCUGCCCAGCCGAAUUCUGUGACUUUAAGUCCAGCCCCAUCAGUAGACAGUUCAGGAAGCCCACAAAGAGGAGAAGCUGUUAAUUAUGCCCCGAACUAUGCACCUUCUAUGCCUGCUACAACUCAGGCGGCAAGUUCAGGAAGCAAUCAUUCUGAUUCGGAUGAAGAAGCUCAAUUCGCGCCACCACCACGAUCCCCUAAGGAUGCGCCAUUAUCCAGCCCGGCACCACAGCCUCACUCAGCGCCACAGCACUCACAUUACCGAGCUCAACAUAGGGAAUUCUUCCCGAACGACAUGCCAGAGUCCAAUACAAAUGGAAGAUUACUGUGGGACUUCCUACAACAGCUAUUAAAUGAUCCUUCUCAGCGGUACACCAACUACAUUGCAUGGAAAAAUAGAGAAACUGGAGUAUUUAAAAUUGUAGAUCCUGCUGGAUUAGCAAAGCUGUGGGGAAUCCAGAAGAAUCACCUUUCCAUGAAUUAUGACAAAAUGUCACGAGCUUUGAGAUACUACUACCGCGUUAAUAUUCUUCGAAAAGUGCAAGGCGAAAGACAUUGCUACCAGUUUUUAAGAAAUCCAACUGAACUGAAGAACAUCAAAAAUAUUUCAUUGCUGCGACAACAAAUGAGUCCCACGAGGGUGGUACCUCAAGCUGUCGUGAAGACGGAAAUGAAGGAAGAACGUUGCGACGAAGAACCUGUAGAUGAAGACAUGCCUACUGACUUGAGUAUGGCAGCAUCAGAGCCGUGGCGGAAACGUGCGCGACCGGAUCCCAAUCCGGUUCAGCCGCCUCAUGAUAAACACCACAUUAGUGCUCUUAUUGGUGAAAACAUGAUGAUGAAACGGGAAUCAGAAUACGCCACUGAACAUUACGCGCUUAAUCUUAAAAGUGAAAAAUGUGAACAAUGA